CUGGCGAACAACUUCGCAUCUCCCCCGCUGGAACUCAUGGUGCAGGCUCACGAUCCUCCAAUCCUCUGAUCCAAGUCUGCUAUCACGUAAAAUCGCAAGUGAUCUCGUCUUAAUGUCGUCAAGGGAAGCCGUUCACGGGCGUCGAAGAGCUUCAAGGGGAACACGAUCGGUGGACUAGUUGGCUGGUUGGUCUGCUGCUCCGAAGCUUCAAUGCAUCGGAGGGGGGCAGACUAGUCUCAAUCAAAAUAACCCCGGGUCCUCUCUGUCCCUGAUGAUCGUAAAUUCCAAACCGACGUCGACUGGACCAACUUUGGAGAGGCAGCGUGAGAAUCAGGAGUGGAUCGGGCGCCGCCAACUCCGCGCUGGUGGAGAAAUCCAUCCAUCGAUUCCGGCCGGAUCAUCGUCACUCUAAUCGCUCCCUCCUCAUCUCCAAGCUCGGGCUGGCUUGUGGCAUCAUCCUUUUCUCUACCUCUCUAUCGCGUCAUAUCUCCCAGGCACGAGGAAGUUAAUUACUGAGAGUACUUUCGACUCUCACAGUUCAUCAUGGCUUCUCUGCCCCCUCCACCGCCGCCGCAAUGGGUGGUGAGAAUGAACACCCCCAUGCCACGCCCAUCCAAAGAGGCUGCCAGCAUCCCUGAUCCUCCAGGCUUUUCCAGAAAAAUUGCUGGCAAGAAUAACCGCGCCCAACAGUCCUCAACCACCUCCGCUCCGUCCAAACCCAUUGAAACCGAUACCCUGAAGCUCAAGAAGGCAUGGGAAAUUGCCCUCGCCCCCUCAAAGCAGAUCCCCAUGAACGCGAUCAUGAUGUACAUGUCCGGAAACAGUCUACAGAUCUUCAGUAUCAUGAUGGUGUUUAUGCUGUUCAAGGGCCCCAUCCAGGGCCUGAUCAAUACCAACACGGUGUUCGCCAAGUUCGAUACCGAGGGCACGCGUGGGAAGCUUCUCGGCGUGAAGGCGAUCUAUGUCGUUAUGCAACUGGUGCUGUUGUGUUUGGGAAUUUGGAAGGUUAAUGCGAUGGGACUUUUACCGACCACAAGAUCGGAUUGGCUGGCUUGGGAGUCAGAACGGCAACCGUUGGAGCGUGCUUAUUUUGCUUUUGGAUGAUUGAGAUGACUGUUCAGGAUGAGUGUAUGUUCGAUGCUGUGUUAACUAAGAAAUACGAAGCUAUAGUCAUCUGGAAGAAAGCUGCCAUGAUAAUUGGAUAUGGUAAGGCUGGCACGACUAAUGUCGUCUUCGAUAUUAUAUAUCUUUAUCAUAUAGGAUGGGCAGUAUCAUAUGGUGCUUCAAAUUUCCAACCUAAAAGUAACAGGUAC